AAAUGAAGUACUCUACAGACUGAAACAAAGCCAAUGUUGUUCCUAAAGGUCCCAAUGCUAUUGACAUAAACCUAGAAGAGGAUGAUCAAGAUAUAUACGACAAACUUUAUUGCUUUAGCAAAGACAAACUCAGAAAAGUGACUAACCCUUUUAUGCUUGAUUCUUUACCUCUACACAAAAGAUUAGAAGCCACUCUCAGCCAAAUCAAUGGCAACAACUAUGGAGAAGAAAAUACCUGGACAAAAGUGUCAGACAAUAUCAAAGCUAUCAGCUCUUUACUUGAAGUAAAAAUCAAUAAUUUAGAAUCCACCUCCAAAAAUAUAUUAUAUCAGCGACAAAGAAAGAUUAUUUCACAAAAAGUUAGACUCCAGGAGCAGAGUCAAAGACGUAUUUUUGAUGAUAUUUCAACCCCAUGAGAUGACUUAUGGAAGAAAAUGAAUACAGUUGGUAUGAAGACUAUAGAUACAACUCAGGGAUCCUUCCAAAAUUAUGACCAGAUCGAGCCUGAUAUCUUCCAACCUCAGAUAAGUUAUGAAACAGCUACUUGUAAAGACCUUGAACUCAUAAAUGCUACUAGAAACAGAAUGAAGGUAAAGAAAGUUACUAAACAAGAAUAUUAUGAAGAAAUCGAAGACUGAGACUCUAAAAGCCAGAUCCUCUCUAAAUCUGAAGAUAGAAUUAAUAUUCAUGAUGUCAGUUGGAAAGAUCUUGAGACUUCUCCUGAUGAGUAUAAUGCUCUUAAAUCUAAAGCUAAAAUAUCGCUCAUGAAUCUUCUUAAGUAUACCAAGAAUCAGGGAGAAAUUUCAAGAGACUUAGACAAAUUUAUUGACAAAAGAGUAAAGAAUGGCAAUGAUCUUAGGGAAAUAAGCCAAAGUUACUUUAAAUCUGACUUAUUAAAUUUUAGCGAAGACCAAUCAUUCUCAAAUUUUCAAACAAUAAACUUUGAGCCAACUGAGACUAGCGAUACUAAUGUUCAGAACAAAAGAGUGCAGAUAAAUAAACAUCAAAGAAAGAAUCGAUCGCACAAACGUCCACGGAGAGUUAAGAAGCAGGUUGUCAGAGAAUAUGAAAGAAUCUUUCUGAAGAAAUCUAGACUGAAAAAUAAUUGAAAAAACUCAAAUUUAAAAAUUGACUCCUUAGUGAAUGAAAGAAGUAGUAACUCCCGUGCUAAACGAGUUCUCACUACUGAAGUAUCUUCUGAGAUGUACUCCAGAGGAAUCUUUGCACUGAAUAGAAAUCUCCAAAAGGAUGGGAUAGAAUAUUUCCGAAUUCUUCGGAAGAGCUUUGCUUAUUAUCCUAGGAAUUUUCAGAUUUGAAUGAAAACCCCACCUGAUUUUUAUAUUCCAAAAACAUUAACUUUGGAUGUGAAAACUCAGCCUGAACCAAAUUAUGAUUUUGAGCUAGACUCACUCGAUGAGCUAAUAUUUUCUAAAGAGAAUAGCAAUGAAGUCGAUAGUUGUAGUCUGGAAUCUGAAGAAGAUAUUCACUUAAAUAUCUCAAAAGCACACCCAGAUGUCAUAUCCAGAGGACUCCAAAUAAGAUCAGAACUUGACCAAGAGCAAGACCUGAUAGAUAUCGAGCGUAUUUCUGAACCAGUUGGUUCUGUGAGAUUUGACUCACAGUCGAAUCAAACAUUGGCAGAUAAACUAGGAAAAUAUGAGAAAGCGGAGAAGCAAGAGGUUUUAGAUAAGCACUCAAUCUUUUCUGAUGCUAAUGGUGGGUUUGAUUAUUCCUUUGAUGAUGAAGAGAAAGGAGGAAUAUUUCUGACUUCAAGGACUAUUGAUAUAAUUAAGGUUAAAAAGAUUAUCUCAAAAAUGUGAAUCAGCAGAUGAAGAAAAGAACCGUAUAAAAGAAUCAAGGUCGAUAAUGAGCAAGAAGUUGUCAAAACCCAAGUUCCUCCAGACAUGUUCAAUGAUAUCUUUAGAGUCAUGAAAAAGAAGAAUCCUACAUUAUCAGUUCACUCUUUUUUCAUUGCAAGCUUGCAUUCAGUGAAAGAGACUGGUCUAAAAUUGACAAAUGCAGGAAGCGAUGUUCAGCUAAGUUUUGUCUAA